GCCACGUCGUCUCGUCUCACUGUAUAUUCGUAUACUGUUGAGAUUACAAUAAAGUUAACUUUGACUUGACAGUCUGCACAACUAUAGCCACUCUAACCUGCCAGCCUGGAGUAGAAUUAAAACCGCAUUUUAAGAAUGAGCUGGUGAAAAAUAAUUUAUGUUAGAAACGAAAUCAUCAACGUGCCCACAUUAAAAGUAAAAACUUUUAAAACGUAGUUUACAAAAAAAGGCUAAGAAACAGCCCUGUGUGUGAUUUUGUCAAAGAAAAGAUUUGUGUGCUUCGUCUGUCUGUUCCAUUCAUGUUCAUUUGUAUUUGUACAGUCAGGCAGCUGAGGCAGAUAACUUCUUUGCUGCAGCCACCGCGAAAACGUUUGGCGCUCGCAGGCUGCUCCUUGGACAAUGUGUUACCUUUAGUAAUGCAGUGCUCUGCAUGCGCUUGUACCUUUAAAUUUCGAGCCCCCAACGCACGCACGUAAGGACCGUGCAAGCGUUGCAAUCUUUGUUUUUUUUGUUCUGUCUGUUUCUGCCAGCGACAGCCUUAGAGCCCCGCCUCGAUCAGACGCACGCAGCUACGCAGAUGGCCCUGGAUGAGAGGACGCCACAGAUAGCAGAACCCAGAGAAGUUGCCCCAACAAAGAAAGCUGGAGAAAUGAAUACCCGAGCAAGGCUGGGAUCCAGCAGGCGUGCUGUGAGCUAGAAAGCUGUGGUUGGCGCAGAGAAGAAAAUGGCUGCUAGUUUAAAGAAAGUGAACAAAAAGGUGAAUGUUUUGCCAAAGGAGGAUGAGGUGGAAGAGGUGUUUGUGGAGAGUGAGGAGGAAGGAAAGCUGGAUGAGGUCCCUGCGUCAAGUUUGUCUGGGUUUUUGGCGUGUGAGCCCCCUGUGCAACAUGUUGCAGAACUACAACUCUCUGCAUCUGGAGCUUCAGCAAAGGUUUGCAAAUCCCAAGCUACUUGUGUCCCAGAGAGCAAUCCCCCAAGGAACAAGCAAGUCCCCCAUAGCUAUGGAGGGGGAAAGUCCUGUGGCCAGCGCAGACUGGAGCCCCUGGUCUGGUACUUGCAUCAGUCAGGGAGCAGAGGGGAGCGGUGCUUUGCUGGGGGAAAAGGAAGGUACAAGCGGCUGUACUGACACACAAGCAGCUGCUGCUAUGGACAGUGACCCCCAGUUGAGAGAGAAAGCAGGUACCAUCUGCACUGCUAUAAUGGAGGCCGGCCAUGUGCUUGGGAAGGAGGACGCCAUUUUGGAAGCAGAGACAAGCACAGCAAAGGGGAAGCUCCGCCCACCCAGCGAGAACUGCAAGAGAGAGGAAAGAAAAGUGGAAGUGAAACCCUCCCCACAAAUGGCACCGACGGCUGCUGCACCAGUGGGAGGAAUGGAGGCAAGCAUGGACUGUGGUUCCCUGGCAGAAAAUGUGGCUUUACAGGUGCUGGAACCGGACUGAGCAGUGUUUUGUUUAAGCUCCGGACUUUCAUUAUUUUAUUACCAUGGCAUCAGAGGGCACACAACAAAAUCCCAGCUGUAAGAUCAUGACCUUCAGACCCACCUUAGAAGAGUUCCAAGAUUUUGGAAAGUAUAUGGCUUAUAUUGAAUCUCAUGGUGCACACCGAGCUGGCUUAGCUAAGGUGAUACCACCAAAACAGUGGCGCCCUCGACGUACAUAUGAUGAUUUGGAUGAAAUGGUAAUACCAGCUCCCAUUCAGCAAGUAGUAACUGGGCAAUCUGGCCUUUUUACUCAGUACAACAUCCAGAAGAAACCUAUGACAGUGGGAGAGUAUCGGAGACUUGCUAACAGCGACAAAUACUGCACACCACGACAUCAAGACUUCGAUGAUUUGGAACGUAAAUAUUGGAAGAAUUUGACUUUUGUUUCUCCCAUAUAUGGAGCAGAUAUAAGUGGCUCUCUUUAUGACAAUGACAUCAACCUUUGGAACAUAGCAGGAUUGAAUACCUUACUGGAUAUGGUGGAACAUGAGUGUGGAAUUAUAAUUGAAGGGGUCAACACUCCGUACCUGUAUUUUGGCAUGUGGAAAACAACAUUUGCCUGGCAUACUGAAGAUAUGGAUCUGUACAGCAUUAACUACCUGCACUUUGGAGAGCCCAAAUCCUGGUAUGCUGUCCCUCCUGAACAUGGCAAGAGGCUGGAGCGUCUGGCAAAAGGCUUCUUCCCUGGCAGUUCUCAAGGUUGUGAUGCAUUUCUUCGGCAUAAAAUGACUUUGAUUUCACCAUCUAUCCUGAAGAAAUAUGGUAUUCCGUUUGAUCGAAUUACGCAGGAGGCUGGUGAGUUCAUGAUCACAUUCCCUUAUGGAUACCAUGCAGGAUUUAACCAUGGAUUCAACUGUGCAGAGUCCACAAAUUUUGCCACUUUGCGCUGGAUUGAUUAUGGAAAAAUGGCUACACAGUGCACAUGUCGAAAGGACAUGGUGAAGAUAUCUAUGGAUGUAUUUGUAAAGUUUCUGCAGCCAGAUCGCUUUGAAGCGUGGAAGCAGGGGAAAGACAUUACUAUCCUGGACCACUUAAAACCUACUGAGCUCAGUAGUCCUGAACUAGAGGCAUGGAGGGAAAGAAGGAGCCAGUUAAAGGACAAAACAGACCACAGACCUUACAGGAAACGCACCCAACCACGGAGACACAAGACCCAAGACCAAAAACUACUUCAGAAAGUGCUAGGGUGUAACUUAAUGCUAGGGAAUCAAGAUGUUGAAGUCAAGAAUUGUGAAGAAGAGGAAGACUUCAGCAAGAAAUAUGAGGGCCACUUAGUUGAUAUGAAGCAUAAUCUUUGUGAAACAAAACCAAAGAAUGAGAAACGUAGAAAAAAAGACAGAGUGGAGAAGAGCUCAGGAAUCCUGCCAUUAACAGCAGGUCUGCUACUAAAUCCCCCAGAACUUGACAGAGUUACUUCUUUUAUCAGUGGGCCACCAGACUUUUCUGACGAGAUUGAAUUUAAACCUCAUCCCAUCAUCCCAACACUUUAUGUUGUGCCUCAAGACAAGAAGGUUGUGUUUGACAAGGCACAGAUGUCCUGCCAAGAAGCUUUUGAACAGUUUGCCAGACAAGGCACCCAUUCGGGGAAAGCAGCAGAGCCCAAAGGCAAAUCAAAGGAGGCUCAAGCUCCUGUCCUUUUUCCAAAGAUGGAGAUUAAGAAGAGCUGGCGUCAUCCCCUGGGCAGACCUCCUGCUCGGUCACUCAUGUCUAUAGUGAAGCAGGAAAUGUCAAGCGAUGAUGAUUCAACUCCAUUUUCUGGUGAGGAAGAUGUUAGUGAUCAUGAAGCUCUUCGUACUCUUCUUUCACACUUGUGGAAAAACAAGCCUCACAAUUUCUUGGCAGAAAGAAAAUUCAAUGCUGCAGCUGCUCUUAUUGAGCCAUAUUGUGCUGUGUGCUCCAUUUUUUUCCCAUAUCACAAGGAGUCUGCUUGUCUGUCUCAAUCUAUUAUCCCAUCCUCAAAAAAAGGACAGAAAACAAAGGCACUUAUUCCUGAAAUGUGCUUCUCUGCCAGUGGUGGCAGUGGUGACCCUUUGCCAGUUAGCACAUACAAUGCAGAAGAUGGAACAAGCAUUCUGAUCUCCUGUGCAAAGUGCUGCCUACAAGUUCAUGCCAGUUGUUAUGGAGUCAACCCAGAUCUGCUUGUUGAAAACUGGACUUGUUCCCGGUGUACAACCUGUGCCUGGAAUGCAGAAUGCUGUCUGUGUAACUUACGUGGAGGAGCUCUUCAUAUCACUACUGACAAAAGAUGGGUUCAUGUUGUGUGUGCUGUUGUGGUCCCUGAGGCUCGCUUCAAAAAUCCAGUUGAGCGCCAACCUGUUGAUGUCAGUACUAUUCCUGAACAAAGAUGCAAACUGAAGUGUAUAUACUGUCGGCGGAAAAUCCGGAAGGAGGGUGGAGCCUGUGUUCAGUGCUCGGUUGAUCGAUGUUCCACUUCUUUCCAUGUCACUUGUGCAUAUACAGCUGGUAUCACCAUGGAGCCCGAUGACUGGCCAUACAUUGUAUCAAUCACUUGCUUCAAACACAGGGCAAGCAACCAUAGUUAUUCAUUCUCUCGGGAAGUGAGUAUUGGCCAGUCUGUUAUUAGUCGGAAUCGAAAUGGUCUGUACUACCGAUGUCAAGUGAUUGGAUCGGCCACUCAAAUAUUCUAUGAGAUCAACUUUGAUGAUGGCUCAUACAGUGAUAAUGUGUAUCCUGAAAGCAUUACAAGCAUGGAUUGCCUUCAAGAUGGCCCCCCAACAGAGGGCCAGAUGGUGGAACUAAGAUGGACAGAUGGAAAUACAUACAAAGCAAGGUUCAUCUCUGCUAAUGUCAGCCAUGUUUAUCAGGUAGAAUUUGAUGAUUAUUCACAGUUAAUGGUAAAACGCAGUGAGAUCUUUACUUUAGAGGAAACACUUCCUAAACGAGUCAGAUGCCGCUUGUCUCUCAGCACUGGUGCUUCCUUGGAAGAUCUAUCAGAGGACCAAAAGUCAUGUAAACGCCCACGAGUCGCAAGUCCCAGCAACCUAGAGCAAGAGUCAAAGAGCCAUGAGAUUGUCGGUCCAAAUCAUCCACUAACACAAAGCCAGUAUCCCAAGUGAUGGUUUAUACUGACUACACAAGCAGAAAUAUUUUGGAAACAUAGUAUCAUCUACAGAUAUCAGACCAGCAUGGCAGACAGGAGUAUCUAAACCACAGGGAUGUGAAGGAAAUAAUGCUGAAUGCUACCCUGUCAAUGCGUAUACAAUCCUCCUUGCUAUAGCAGCCUUUCAAUAAACGUUUAUAGAAAAAAAAAUCUUAAGGGAAAAAUAAUCUGGUUUUAUACAUUUCUGGCUUUAAAUAAAACUCAAGCCAUUUUGUAAACUUGCAUACCAGGAGGAGACAGAGUAGCCAGCAUUUUAUUUAUUAUUUUUAUAAAAAUAUAUUUUUAUUUGUAAAUUACACAAAACUGUUCUUUGUGGUGAUAUGAAAGAAAAUCUUAUAUACCUGGAGAACUUGCUGUUUGUUAAUUUGUUUGUACACCUUAUACCACCACAACCUAACUUCUCCUUUCACUAUUCUUCUGUUGUCCUUCUUGCUUCCUUCUCUUUCUCCCUUCUAUUUGUAUGGUUUACAUUUUUGCAUGUAAUCCACAAACACAUAUGGAACAGACCAGUAUGCUCAACCAGAAAAAAAUGUUUUUCAUAAUCCCUGCUAUAUUGUGGUUCACAAAUUUGUGUAUACACUGAGCAUACAAAUCAGUUGACAAUUUCACAAAUUUUCAAUUACCCUAUGCUGCUCCUAGGUUUAUAUUAUUUUUGUAAUACUGGUGAUUGUUUGGAUGGAAUGGAAUAUUUUGGAUAUAGGAAUUGGGGUGGGGGUGGGAUACGUUACAGGUACUGGUCUGUCUCUGCAUGUGUUCAGACUGUGGUUUACCUGUUGUCGAUUUGACAGACUUGUGUUUACUAGUAUUAUAUUGUGAAUUGUAAGGAAUUGCUUUCUGGAGCUUUCAAGCAUAUAGCAUGUUUUGUAUUUCCAUGCAGUAAAGGGGACAAAAUUAUGGAAAAUUGUUCUUUCUAAAUCUGUCAGUUUGUCUCUUUUCAUGCACUGUUAUGAUUUGUUCCUAUAAGUAAAACCUUGUGAUGUAUUUUUCUGCCCUUAUAAAUUAAAGUUGAAUAUUAGAGCCUCCCA